AUGCAGAUACUUGUUGGCGGUUAUGUUUUCAAUUACAUUAACCGACAAUUGGUUUUGGCGUUUCAUCUAUUCGUGAUGGCCGUAACCGUCGCUGUGAUACCCAUUUGUCCAAACCUUCGCGUAUUGUUUACAGUGCUUGGGAUCUGCGGCUUCUCGAGCGGAGGUUUUGAAAUCGCAAUCAUUGUAUGGAUUGUAGAGCUUUGGAAUCAAAAAUCAAGCCUUUAUUUAGGAGGCGCUCAAUUGUUCUUCGCUAUUGGCAACUGUAUAGCGCCACUAAUCUCAGCCCCUUUUCUCACUAAUAUUAAUACCAAUUAUGUGUCAAUUAAUUCAACAACUAUUAUAAAUCCAACAAUUGUUAACAUAAAGCGACUCGAAGUGCCUUUUAUUAUAAACGCUGUUUUUCUUCUAAUAUCGUCGCUUCUGUUAAUAAUAUUACACUUUUACCGCAAAUAUAUUCCUCCCAUAAAAGUCGAGAAGGAAAUCAGUUUUACUCAAUCAAAGAAAUGGGAUUGUAUUUACCUAACACUCGGAAUCUUUGUAAUCGGACCCUUUGUCGGGUUGGAAAUUAUGAACUUCCAACUCAUCCCAACAUUUUUGUCCGAUUCGUAUCAACCGAUGUCUGCGUCUAAAAGUUCCCUAAUGUUAGGCCUAUUGAACGGUGUUUUCGCCAUAUUUUGUUUGAUUAACUUUGUUGUUGCCAUAAAAUUUUGGACUAAGAACUAUAUUUACGUUAAUUUAAUUCUCGUCAUUGUCUCAAAUAUACUGCUAUUUGUAUAUCAAUACUACGAAUACUCCGAAAGACUAUUAAUGGCCGGAAUAGUGAUUAUGGGAAUCGGAUUCUCGACGACUUAUCCGUCUAUUUAUACGUUCUUUGAGUCCAAUCUGACGCUCGACAACACGACGACCUCUAUCUUCAUUAGUGCGACCGGAAUAAUGAUUGCCGUCUUUCCCGUCAAAAUGUUGGAACAAAUAGAUUGGUCACACGAUUGCAGCCGAGUUGAUGGAGGGGUCGGGGGGGCGGCCAUGGUAUUCGGUAGAGGAGAUGGCAAUGAUUAA